AUGGAAGGCUUUAACAGUUCCAGGAGAUCCACAGUAUAUUCCGUGAAGGGUAUGGUGUCUUCAACACAGCCUCUCGCCACUGCUGCUGGUAUCAAGAUAUUAUCACAAGGUGGUAAUUGUGUUGAUGCGUGCGUAGCUGUAUCGGCCUGUCUUUGCGUUGUUGAACCAUCCUCCACUGGGAUUGGGGGCGACUGUUACUCUUUAUUGUACAAAGAGUCAGAUAAAAAGGUAUAUGGAAUAAAUGGCACUGGAAGAUCAGCCUCUAGACUAAGUAUUGACUACCUGAAAAAAAAUCACCCUGAUCAUAUUCUGCCUAGUUUAAGAUUUAAAGAUGAUUCAAUCUUCAAGAUACAGAUUCCCGGUGCCAUUGCAGGAUGGUGUGACGCCAUUGCAGCUUGGGGGAGUGGUAAUGUUACGCUGUCAGACAUACUUGCACCAGCAAUUGAUCUAGCUGAGAAUGGUUUUGUCGUGUCAGAAGUCAGUGCACUUCUCUGGAAGGAGGCUGAAAUUAAGCUGAAGGCAGCGCAAAACUCGGAGAAGGAUUUAUCCAUUUUCCUACCGAAUGAUAGAUUUGAAGCCCCAAUUAAAGGGCAAUAUAUGCGAAACGAACGCCUUGCUGCAACCAUGAGAAUCAUAAGCGAGAAGGGCAAAAAAGGAUUCUAUGAAGGGGAGAUUGCUGAUUCCAUUGUUUUGGAGCUAUCAAAGCGAGGAUCUCUUAUCACUAGGGAAGACCUUAAGAAUCAUACUUCUACUUUUGUAGAACCAAUAUCUUUAUCAAUUCUUGGUCAUAAACUUUGGGAAAUACCUCCAAAUGGAUCUGGAGUAAUUGCAUUAUUAACUCUUGGAUUGAUAAAUGAAUUGGAUAAAUCAGGUGCAAUUGACCUUAAAAAUAUGAAGCACAACUCGUCAGAGUAUAUUCAUUUGUUAUCUGAAUGCUUAAAAUUGAGUUUCAAGGAUUCCGACGAAUACGUGAAUGAUUAUGAGUUCUUCGCCAAAAACCAUAAUUUGGAUCAAAUGAAGUCCAUUGAAAAUUUAUUGAGUGAAGAUUACUUAAAGAGUAGGAGUAGCCUUUUCAAGAAAUCGAAUGUGAUGCGCAAUACAGAUGUGAAACAUGGAAUACCGAAUCCAAUGUUCAAAUCUGACACGGUUUAUUUCACUGCAUCUGACUCUAACGGUGAUGCUUGCUCUUUUAUCAACUCAGUAUAUGAAAAUUUUGGAAGUGGUGUAAUCAUUCCAGACAGAGGGUUUGCACUUCAGAAUAGAGGAGGAAAUUUCAAUUUGAAUCCAACGAGUAAGAACUGUCUAGAGGGGAAUAAAAGGUCUUAUCACACCAUCAUUCCUGGAAUGAUAACCACACCAAGGAAUGAUGGACAAGAGGAAUUAUACGCCAGCUAUGGCAUUAUGGGUGGAUUUAACCAACCACAAGCACAUGUUCAGGUGUAUUUGAAUAUGCUACUUUUUGGAAUGGAUCCACAGCAGGCUUUAGAUGCCCCAAGAAUUUGCCUCUAUCCUGAUCCCAAAGGUACAGAUUCAGGUUUUGGAUCAGAUGGUCCUGCAAGUAGAGAUGCUACAUGCAUUGGUAUCGAAGACGGUAUCUCAAGCGCUGUUGUGGAAGAAUUGAGGAAUUUGGGGCACCAAGCGAAAGUUUUCGCAAAUGAAAAGCGGACACUGUUUGGUCGUGGGCAAAUAAUUCGCAGAGAAUCAGGUCCUGAAACAAAAGGUCAUUUGGUUUACAGUGCUGGUAGCGAUAUGAGAGGUGACGGUGCUGCAGUGCCAUUAUAA